UCAUGUUUAUCUGAUGGAUUCUCUAUCUGAAUAUCAUAGCUUUCUAUGGAUGGUAGGGUUGCUUGGGAGCAUUAGAUGGCACUUAUAUAGAGGUGACAGUCCCCGAGUCUGAGAAGGCAAGGUACCGCAUAAGAAAGGGUAAAAUCUGCACGAAUGUCUUAGGAGUGUGUAACCGGGAGAUGGGUUUUGUCUACAUACUCAGUGGAUGGGAGGGUUCGGCAUCUGAUUCACGGGUACUUUGAGAUGCAAUAACUCGUCGUAAUAGUCUUAAGAUACCCCACGGUAAUUACUAUUUAGUUGAUGCUGGCUACACAAAUGGUCCGGGGUUUCUUGCACCGUAUAGAGGGACUUGAUAUCAUGUAAGAGAGUGGGCCCAGGGAGCACGUGCACCGCGCAACUAUCAAGAAUAUUUUAACCGGGGUUUUUAUUAUCUUAAUGUUGGUAGCAAGAAAUGGAGAACAAGCGAAUGUGGAGUGAUGAAGAGACACUGACCUUUGUUGGCUUCAUGGAGGAGUUUGUCGUUGACGGUCAGAGGGCUGACUGUGGGCAGUUUAAACCGGGAACAUUCGAGAAGCUGGCUUUGAAGAUGUUGGAGGCUUUCCCCGGUUGUACACUGACUGCGAAGCAUUGCAAGAAUAAGCACAAGCGGCUCAAGGAGAAAUACCAGUACGCCGCUGAUAUGCUUGCUUGUAGCGGAUUCGGAUGGAACAACGAGAAAGAAUGUGUAGAGGUUGACAGCAAAGACGUCCUUGAUGCUUGGUUGAAGGCACAUCCGACCAAGUUCUACACUCCUGGCAAGCCAUUUCCUUUAUUUCACCGGCUGGAAGGUAUCUUUGGAAGGGAUAGAGCCACGGGAGCCGGGGCCGUUAGUGGCUUCGAUGCGGAGGAACAGGUUAACGAGGAGACAGACGACACUGCUGCUGGAUUUGAUCAGUCUGAGAUGUCUCCACCUCCAGACCAAGAGGGAGUUGCAGCAAUGCAAGGACAAGUAUCACAUUCUGAGGCCGGUGCGACCGCGGGAAGCACAAGGCUAUGCGGGAGGAAGAGAAAACAAGUUGACGUACUCGAGAGAAUGGCCGAUCAGAUUCAGCAAUCAUCGGCUGACCAGCGAAAGAAUGCCCAGCUGAUAGCUGAUGCCAUUGUUGGUGUGAACGAGAAGUGGAAGGUUGGCGAGAAGCUCACACAGCUUGGAUUCGGUGAUGACGAUGUGGUGAGGGCGAUUCUGAAGUUUGCCCAGAGUCCUAAUGUGUAUGCACAUUUCUGGGGCUUGUCAAAUUCACAAAUGAUUGCGCUUGUGCGUUCCAUUAUAUGA